UCGGUUAUGUCAAAGUGUCACUCUGUUACAAGGUCAGGUGGUGUUUUACUAAUCAGCAGUUUUAACACCUGGGAGCGAAAGGGUGACGCAUUUCAGGUCAGUGAAGGGAAAGCCGUCCAUUUAUUUCCACCUUGUCGACGGGUGUGUGUGUGUGUGUUGUUGUGUAUUUCGAGUGUGUGAAGGAAUCUAGGAAGUAACGUUAGGCUAAGUUGUCGCACAGGAGGACGAGGAGGGGACGGUCAUCCACGAUUUCAGAAACUGAUUUAUACGAAUAAUACGGACGAAGAAUUGAUGGAAAAUUAAGUUUUCGUCAUUUAGACGUGCGUAGAAGUAGUUCCUUGGUUUACCUUUUGGGAAAGCGCAGGUGAAGAAACAUUUUUUCCUUAAGUUGUGAUUGGAGUUCGUUAACACUACCUGGAAGUGCAGAGCUCGUACUCCCUGACAUGAGUAUUUCGGCUUCUGGGGAUGAAAUGACUGGUUUUCCUCGAAAGUGGGUGCUGGCAAAGUGUUGGGGCAGCCAGCUGUGCUGAAGCCUGUCUCUGUAUCAGGAUGAGCACUACAGAUGAAGCUAGGGCCCCUGAGCAGGAUGGAGAGACCCGUGUUGUGCAGAUCUACCCCAGGCUGUCCCAGGGCACCGCUGCCUACUGUCCCCUGCAGGUCAGCGCCCAGGAUACAGUGAGGACAGUCAUUCACAAUGCUGUGGUCAAUCUGGGCCUGGACUCCAGUCAGCCGUACAGCCUGCUGGAGGUUAGGAAGACUGGCAGAGGGGAGAGGCUAUUGGAGGCUGGGGACUGUCCUCUGGAGCGAGUCCUGCUGUGGCCACCAGAGGCACAGAAGUGGCAUCUUCAGAGCCAGGGUUACUAUUUCAUCCUGCAGCAGCAGCAGGAACAAAGUAGCAGAGAGGACUGUGAUGACCUUUGCAACCUCCAAACUGUGACUGAGGAGAGUGUCCUGGAGGCUUUACGUCAGCGAUUCUACAGGCUCAAAAUUUACACCUAUGCAGGCAACAUCCUCAUCGCCGUUAAUCCCAAUAAGUUCCUACCUGUUUACUACAACCCCAUGUAUGUCAAGAUGUACGAGAACCAGCCACUAGGCAAACUCAGCCCUCAUAUAUUUGCUAUAGCCGACGUGGCCUUCCAUGCCAUGCUGAACAGGCAGGUUAACCAGUGUAUUGUGAUAUCUGGUGAGAGUGGCUCGGGGAAGACUGAAAGCAGCAGUUAUCUCAUCCACUGCUUGACUGCUCUCAGCCAGAAGACAUACUCCAGUGGGCUGGAAAGGACCAUCCUCGGGGCGGGCCCAGUGCUAGAGGCCUUUGGCAACGCUAAGACCACACAGAAUAACAACUCCAGUCGCUUUGGGAAGUUCAUCCAGCUAAACUACCUGCAGAGCGGUGUCAUCAGAGGGGCAGUUGUUGAAAAAUACCUACUAGAAAAGUCCCGCCUGGUGUGCAGAAAUAAGAGUGAGAGGAACUUCCAUGUGUUCUACUAUCUGCUGGCAGGUGCGUCCAAAGAGGAGCAGGAGGAGUUCCAUCUGUUAAAUCCACAGGAUUAUCUCUACCUCAACCAGAAAGACCUCCAGUUAGAUGAUGAGGAGAAACUUGGACAGGAAUACAAGAGGCUGCAUCAGGCUAUGGAAAUGGUUGGAUUCCUGGCCUCCACCAAGAAACACAUAUUUUCCAUCCUCUCUGCCAUCCUGCACCUGGGCAAUGUGACAUACACGCUGUCAGAGGACGGUCAGGUCCUGGAGGUUGGACCUCCUGAAGUCUUGUCUACACUGUCUCACCUGCUCAAGGUUAAAAAGGAGCUUCUGGUGAAGGCUUUGACCAAGAAGAGAAUAGUGACCGGCAAGGCUUUCAUUGUCUCACAGUACACACUACUAAAGGCCUCCAAAAUGCGGGACUCCAUGGCCAAGUGUUUGUACAGUGCUCUGUUUGACUGGAUCGUCCUUCACAUAAACCAUGCAAUGCUCAAUAGACGAGACAUGGAGGAGUCCAUCUCUUGUUUGUCCAUUGGUAUCUUGGAUAUGUUUGGAUUUGAGAACCUCCAGACAAACAGUUUUGAGCAGCUGUGCAUCAACUACACAAAUGAAAAACUGCUGUUUUACAUCAACCAGAACAUCUUCAAGCUUGAGCAAGACGAUUAUGCGUCAGAGGGCAUCACUUGGCGAAACAUCAAGUAUAUUGACAACAGUGGCUGCAUUCAGCUGCUCAGCAUGAAAUCCGCCGGACUCUUUGACCUACUAGAUAGGGAGAGCAACCUUCCUCAAGCCACAGAUGAAUCCCUGUUCGACAAGUUGAAGCAGCAACAUCAGACCAACCCGUUCUUUGUGCUCACUCAACCUACAAAGGCGGCUUUUACUAUUCAGCACUUUGCUGGGAGGGUGACCUACCACAUCAAGGAGUUCAGAGAGAAAAACACAGAACACAUGCGCCCUGAAGUCAUAUCACUUUUACGGAGCAGUGAGCGGGCGUUCCUGCAUCACCUGGUUGCAUCCAGUCCAGCUGCGCUGUUCAGAUGGGGCAUCCUCCGAGCGACCAUCCGUAUCCUCACAGUAUUCAAAAACAUGGGACGCCAUCGGGCAGCAUUAACACUUGCCAAGCAAAGCUCUCGCAGAUCCCUCAAAGACAUGAGGCACCGCAGCAGUACUGCAGACAGAAUGUCCAGCAUGACUCUGGAUUUCUCAUUUGAUCACUCUGAUGAACAUCCUCUUGAUUUAUUUGAAGACAUCUUUGACAAUUAUGAAAUGAGAAAGAGAAAUAGAAGUGGUCGACAGAAGCAGCUCAUUCCAAAGAACCUCAUGGAUUUGCACUCACUCCAACACGUUGUUGGCCUCACAGCGCACGACCGAACCAGCAAAUCCAUCUUCCAACCUUUCCAGAGAACGCGGCCUCCUACAAUUACUGCUCAGUUUCAGGCAUCACUCGGAAAGCUGAUGGAGACGAUUGAAAAAGCAGAGCCCUUCUUCAUUUUCUGCAUGCGCUCCAACGCUGAAAAGAAGGAGCUGCACUUUGAUGAUGAACUUGUGCUACAGCAAAUCAGGUACACAGGCAUACUGCAGAUGGUUCGCAUCCAGAAGCUGGGCUACAGUGCCAAGUUCACAUUUAAGGAAUUUGUUGAGAAGUUCUGGAUGUUGCUUCCAAAAGGAGCCACUGCAACCCCGGAGCAAAUAACUGAACUGUUUGAACAGUUGCAACUGGAUAAGACUACUUACCAAAUAGGAGGAACAAAGGUGUUCCUCAAGGAAAAGGAGAGGCAGCUGCUCCAAGACACUCUAAACAAAGAAGUGAUGCGUCGCAUCGUUAUCCUGCAGCGCUGGUUUCGUGUCUGUCUGAUAAGGUUACACUUUGUGCAAAAGAGAGAUGCUGCAAUGAUCAUACAGAGGAGCUGGCGUGGGUUUUAUGAGAACCAAAACCGAGCCGCUACAGUGAUCCAGACAGCAUGGAGGAGCUCCUGGAAGAGGAGAGAACAGCAACAUGACAAGGAGGGAGACGAGGGAACAUCCCAAAUCAGGCUUAGUCGAGACAGCGUCCCCAAAAAAGAAUUAAAGAGACAGCCCAAGUUGGAGCUCAGUCCCAGCAGGAUGCCACAGCCAGAUCCAGCCAAAGACCAGUCCGCUCAAACUGCUUGGAGCAGAGAGAAAAGAGAUGAAGAAGCAUCCUCCUCUUCUCUCAACAGACCCCUCUCGUUCCCUGGGGACGCAAAAGUUGGUGAUAAUGAUCGCUCCCCCAGCCCUUCUAAAAGCAGCUCACUUCAGCGCUACAAAGAUACGGGGGACAUCAAGGAGAAGGCCGAGAGGUGGAGGGAAAGACAGGGCGAGUUUGAACCAACAGUCAAAUCAAGUCCAGAAAUUAACCAGCGAAAAGAAAAUGGGAAAGAUGGGUUUGUGCUCAGAUUGAAGUCCAUGUCUGCUGAAGAGCUGUCCAAGAUCACCUCAUCAGACUCUGAGAGCUCACCCCCUAGCAGCGAGACACCAGCAGAAGCCGAUGGGUCGAGGUUGAGUGUUCUGUCCAGGACCACUGAGGACCUAGAACAGCACGGGUCCAAUCACUCACCAGUCACAAGUCCUGAGAGGGUUUGGUUUCUCAGUCGAUUCCUGAAGAAACGGACACCCAAAUGUAUGCCAAGUAACGACUUGCCAUCAGAUAAAACCGCCACCUUGCCCAGCUACACCCAACAUGCCUACCAAGCGCCAAACCAAAGCGGCACAAGGAUCAAUCGAAAUCCCACCAUUCGAAUCAGCCGGGCCACACGGGCAACUGAGUGGAACACAUCUCUGGACCGAGAGAUCAAAGACCCCAAGGAGCUGCGAAACCUGGACGAAUUCCUGGGCAAUCAGGUGAAUGAGCUGCAAUCAAGAAUAAAAAAGCUAUCGCCAGCAGAGAGCCUCUUCCUCACAGCCACCGUGCAGUUCAGAGAGACAAUAAAAAGCAUGUACUCCAUCCAGAAGCCCCAGAUUGCCUACAAAGAUCUAAUGAUGAGCUACCAUAACAAAGUGAACUCACUAGCAGGACCCAUGCAGAAGGCAGAAGUCUCACUGGUGGUUACUCUGUUUGAGUCUGUGCUGGACGGCUUCAUCAGGGCAGAGCUAAAACGAGUGGAGUCUGAACCAGCCAAGGCUACAAAGAUGAUAAACAAGAGGAAGAAGGAAAAAUGUCCUGACAGUCCUCUGGAUCACCUGUUCAGCACAUACCAGGUGAACAUUAUGCAGUCAUGUGACAUGUGUGGCUCCUACAUCUGGGGAAUGGAGAAAGCCUACAUGUGCAGUGCUUGCAAGUUAAUAUGCCACAAGAAAUGUCUGAGCAAAAUCACCACUGAUUGUUCAACACGGUGUGCACAGCAGGAUGGCAGUGUGCCUGGCUCCCUUCACUUUGGGGUACAGGUGUGUAUCCUUAGCAGUAACUCCAACCCAGUGCCAAAGGUAAUGGAGUUGUUGCUUUUGCAUGUGGAGCUAAACGGCCUUUAUACGGAGGGCAUUUACCGCAAGUCAGGUUCGGCCUUGCAAGCAAGGGAGCUCCACCAGAUUCUGGAGACUAAUCCUGAGGCAGCAUGUUUAGAGAACUACCCCAUCCACACCACUACAGGCCUGGUUAAACGGUGGCUCAGAGAGCUGCCUGACCCUCUCAUGACCUUUUCCCUCUAUAGUGACUUUCUGCAUGCUGUGGAGCUACCAGAGAAAGAUGAAAGAAUAAGGGGUAUAUACCAAAAGAUUGAUGAACUUCCUCCUGCUAAUUAUAACACAUUAGAGCGGCUCAUCUUUCACCUUGUCAGGGUUGCAAAGGAAGAACAGCACAAUAAGAUGUCACCAGGAGCUCUUGCUAUUGUGUUUGCCCCUUGCAUCCUGCGGCCUCCUGAUACUGAUGACCCCUUUCUCUGUAUGAAGGACGUGUCCAAGGUUACACUGUGUGUGGAGAUCCUAAUCUGUGAGCAGUUCAGACGCUACAAAGAGAAGAUGCAGAAUAUCCAUGAGCUGGAAUACGCAGAAGCCCUGGCUGUUAAUCAGCUCAAAUUGAGGAGACAAAACACGGUUGUUGACAAGCCUUCAAAGCUGACUGUUCAAGAGGAAACACACACUGAUGAAACAGAGAAGACUCUCAUUGAAAGGAUCAAGUCCAUCAAGCAAGAAAAGGUGGAGUUGGCCUGUAGGUUACCUGAUCUGGAGCAGGAGCAGUCUGACAAUGAAAACUUGGACUCGGCUUCAUCGAUGAGCACAGAGAGUUUAGAAGAACGACUGAGAAGCCUGGAACUGGAAGGAAAGGUGACCAUGCGAUUGAAGACCCAAGCAUCCAACUGGCUGCAUAAGCCUCCUGACCUGGCACAGAGAGUCAGAAAUCUGAUGGCUCAAACAAAUGAUGAACAGAGAGAGUCCAUGCUAGAUGCUACUCAAUCCAUGUCACUGCUGCCCAGCCAAGAUGAUCCCUGUCUAACCACCAAGCCCCAGGUCACCAGCAAGACUUUGCCUCGGACCUUUAACAGCCUGGACAUCCCUUUCAUUGAUGAAGAUGAAGAUUUAACUUGAGCAUAACACCACAAGUUGUAAUAAUUUGAAUAUUUUUAAGGAUGUGUUAAUAGAAGACUUGUGUUGUGGGAAAAAAAACGAGCACUUUGUUUUAUAGACUUCCUUUUGUCAGUGCUGCUAUAGAAACAAAGUGCUUUGAGAAUGUAUUUGUAUUUAACGGGACACCAUACGGACUGUCUCUCCAGGGUUUUUAUAAUGCAUUUGAAGAAGAAUCAACAGUGGCAACUACUCAGACUCUAAAUCAAUACACUGUAUGUGAUUUUAUACAUAGUUCAGAUCUUUAAAGUACACAUUUUAUAGAAGGUAGGACUCAUCUGUACAGGAAAACAACAAAUUGUAAUGAGGAAUUGAGGCUACAAGUAUCUCCUUUAAUAAUGGACAGAUAUUCAGAGCUCAACCACUGUGGUACUAAUGGGAGUUUAUGGUUUUUGUGAAACAAAAGUCUUUUAGGCGUACCAAAAAAGUUCUAACAAUUUGCAUAAAGUGAAUCUCCAUAGUAAAAACAUUUGUGUUCUCCCUAAAUGCAGUGUUGUGCAUCUGAAAUUGUUGUUCAGCUUUUCAUUUUUCCUGUGAUAUCUACUGCUGUGACUAACCACUGAUUCGGCACACAUAUGUAUAAAGGAAAUUGUCAUACAGUAUUGUUGUCUCUCAGACUGAAAAUAUUUCCGUCUGUCACUUUUCUUUGCACUGUAUUAGUUUCACCAGGUAAACAUUUGGUCUCUACAUGUAGGUGUUUAAUAUGGAUGCCUGUACAUUUUAUAAAAGGUAUGAUGCAGUUUUUAGUGGACUUCUUCCAAGUUCGUCUUUGGCACAAGCUGAAAAAAAUUGACCAUUUUCAAGUGUUUCUUGCUAUAAUCUCAAUAAAUAACACAUUAACUCAUCUGUACAAUACCAGUAAAACUAAUAAUUGUUCUGUUAUAGGUUUCAGUAUGCAUGUCACAGUAUGUGACAUACAGUAUUUUGGACAGGAAUUAGGUUCAGUACCUUAGUAUCACCCUGACAAAAGUAUAAUGUAAAUAACAAAGCUUAUAAAAAC